AUGUCGAACCUCUACAGCUAUGUCAACAAAAAGGUGCUGAUUAUGACGGCCGACUCGCGGACCUUGGUGGGAAACCUUCUGAGCUGCGACCAACAAACGAACCUGGUGCUUGGAAAGGCUACCGAGCGUGUCAUCAGAACCCCCGAUGACGACGAACCGUCCACUGAAGUCCCACUGGGCCUCUACCUCGUCCGAGGCGACAAUGUCUGUGUGGUAGGGCUGGUCGAUGAGUCGCUCGACGAAAGCAUCAACUGGCAGGAAGUAAAAGGAUUGGCAAUCGGUGGCACGAAGUACCUAUAA